UUCCAACACGGACCAAAAUGGCGUCUCCGCCUUCCAACUAUCCCUCUCGCGAUUGGUCCGUUGACAUUCUUGGGCCGUUUUCAUUGGCUCCCUCGUAGUUCUAGUGACGUUUCACUUCCGGAAAGUGCACACGAGCUGUUGCCGCGCGGGAUAGAGCUGUCAACAAAUUGCUAAGGUCAUAAUGGCUGACGGCGCCGAGGUUGCACUUGCCGUGAUCACCCAGCCUCCUGUAAUAGAGGAGCAGGAAGGAGGAGAUGGCGGAGGAGGCUCAGUGAGGGAUGCAGGAGGCGGUUUGACUGAUGCCCAGAUGGAGGUGUUGGAGAGAUGCCUCCAUGCGCUCCGGCAGGCUCAGAAUGACAGCCACACACUGGCUGCUCUCCUGCUGAUAACUCGCUUGUGCCCGGCAAGCAAGCUCGACAAACCCACCUUGAGGCGCAUCUUCGAGGCCGUCGGCCUGAACCUUCCGGCUCGGCUUUUGGUGACGGCGGUCAAGGGGAACGACAACUCUGGCUUGCCCCCGCAGGAACUCCUCUCACUGGGCACAGCUCUGUUGGCUGCCCUGAGCACCGACCCGGACAUGGCUUGCCAUCCCCAGCUCCUCACCACCAUCCCACUCCUGUUAGGCAUUUUGGCAAACGGUCCUGUGACGUGGGGGAAACCGGAAACCCAGGACCAGCGCCAAGGCGGAGGGGUGGGGCCGAGUUCAGGUGGUAAAGUCCAGUCGGAGGAGGGUUCAGACACGGAAGAGGGCCAGUCAAGCAAGCAGAAUGCUGAUGACGGCAGUGACGCAAACAGACCUUCAGCAUCCCUAGAAGGCUCCCCCUCCUCCAAGCUGGAUGAGGCCGUGGCUUCUGACUGCUACCAGGUUCUCACAGCCGUGUGUGCCUUAUCCAGAGGCCCCGACCAGCUGCUGAGCAGGGGUGCCAUUACUGCCCUGUGCCAGGCAGUGGAACACAACCAGACUUUCAGCCGCGAAAGGGGGCUUGCCCUGCUGGGUCUCCUCCUCUCGGGUAAAACCAAGGACAAAGUGUGGAGUAAAAACCCAGCGGAACUCCUCACUCUGUUGGUGAGGCUCUCCAAAGACUUCUGUCAAGCCACAGGCCAGACCCAGCUGGACAUGUGCGCCCAGUUGGCGCACUUUCUUCCCCCGGUGGGUGUGUCCGUAGGGAGUGAGGAGCUAAAGGGAGCCGUAGUCCGCGUGUGGGGGGCGUUGAGACCCAUUCUGCAGGCUAAGUUGACUCCGCGACAGAUCGGGCCGAUCCUGGUCCUCGGGGCCUGCCUGCUGGAUUUGUGCGGGUGGGAGCCGGUGGGGCCGCCGAAGUUCUGCUGCUUGCUGGUGAACCGGGCCUGCGUGGAGGUCAGAAUGGGUUUGGAGGAGCCGCCUGGUAACGAACUGAGCCCAGAGCUGCAGCACACACUCACAGGCUGUUACCGAAUCAUGGAGGCCGCUAUAGAGCAAGCCUGCUGUGUGGGAGUUUCCCCGACCACUGAACCUCCUCAGAGCUCCAUCCCUUCGAUCAGUCUGCAGCAGAGCAGGCAGAUCCUCGGGGUGUUGGAGGAGGCCUUCUCCGCUUUAAUGUACCACCUGCAGCAGGUGGACCCGAGUCGCUACGGUGACCCUUUUAUCUUCGCCACGUUCCGCUCUCUGUGCUCAUGGCUUGCCGAGGAGACUUCCUGUCUGAAGGAGGAGGUGACCGGGCUGCUGCCGUUCCUGGUUGACUACUCCCGGAGCCACCUGCAGGGCGAGAGCCCAGAGCAGGGUCUCUCUGACUGGAUGACAGAGGUGUCCCCAAGAGAGGAGGGCGGGGCGUGGACGGGCAGAGAAGCGUUGAGGUACCUCCUCCCGGCUCUGUGUCACCUGUCUGCGGAAGAAGGUCCCAGGAAGGUGCUGCUCACCCUCGACACCCCGGCCCUGCUGGUAGACUUCCUGUCGCGGUGCUGGACCGCCCUUAAGGGGAAAAGUGGCGUGGCGUCCACCAGGGAUCCCAGCAUGGAGACAGCCUGCUCAGCGCUCCUCAACUUCACUGUCACGGAGCCAGAGAGAGUCAGGAAGGACCGGUGUUUCAGAACUCUGGAGGCCCUUCUGAGUGAGGCGCUUCCCGUUUUGGUGCACAAGCCCCGCCUGCUGGUCCUCGCAGCAAAUUACUGCACGUUGGGACUCAUGAUCGGCAGACUCAAAGCGGCUCCUGCAGGCUCGGUUGAAGCCGGCCAAAAGCGCCUCUUCUCCGCAGCUCUCCGGUUCCUCCGCAGCGCCCUGGACUCCGGCUCCAGCCCCGGCCCGGUCAAGGUGAGCCCCGGCUGGGAGGAGAGCUGGGACGAGGCCGCGGAGCUCUGGAGGUUGUGCCUGCAGGCUCUGGGAGGCUGCGUGCGCGCUCAGCCCUGGGUCGCCACGCUGGUCAGAGAGGAAGGCUGGCUCAAGCACACGCUCGCCACGCUCAGUCAGUGCAGCGCUCUGCCCGAUCAGCACACGCAGCAGGCGCUGGAGGAAGCUCUGUGCGCCAUGGCCGACCAGUGCCCCGUCUGUAAGAAGGAGAUCGGAGACGUGAUGAGAACUGAUGAAGGAGCUCUGACGCGCAUGAGGAACCUGAAGAAGUCUGUGGGAGUGAAGUGAAAAUGACAGCAACAGACAGUGUGCUCCUUUUUACUGGAGUACUUUAAAAAACAUGAAACAAUAAAGGAUUGUUUACGUUACUGAA